AUGUCCUACCAGACCCUGUCACACAUCAUAUUGAAAGACCUCGUGUUUGCCCUUCCCCAUGCGUAUGGCUACAACUUGAUUAUUAGCUCUUUGAGCCGCGCGGCGGGCGGGGAGGCGCGGGCGACGGCCGAGCUCCCCCACGCGGCAGCUCUGGCGGGCGGCGCCCCCGCGCUCGCUGCUGGGCGUGCAGGUCGCCGCGGCUGCAGGGAAGGCGCCGCCGAGCGCCGCGCACAGCCCGCCCGCGGCAGCGCGUGUGUCCGCCGGGCUCUCCGGCGCCACCAGCCCCGCGUCGCAGCCAGCCGGUUCUCCUACGUUCCCAGCCCGGCUCUCCAGCGCGCCCAGCCGGCUCUCCAGCGCGCCCAGCCGGCUCUCCUGCGUGGUCAUCCCAGCUCUCCUGCGCGCCCAGCCCCGCUCUCCUGCGUGGCCAUCCCCGCUCUCCUGCGCGCCCAGCCGGCUCUCCUGCGUGGCCAUCCCCGCUCUCCUGCGCGCCUAGCCGGCUCUCCUGCGCGCCCAGCCCCGCUCUCCUGCGUGGCCAUCCCGGCUCUCCUGCGCGCCCAGCCCCGCUCUCCUGCACCGCCAGUUCUUCGGCGCGAACAGCCCAGCCAUCCAGGGACGCCUGUGCCGCCUGUGCCGCACGUCGUCGGACCCCUCAUUCCGGCCGCUCUUUACUUUCCCGUGCCUGACCUGCAUGGGAAGUUGGGGGAAAUGGACAGGGUCGUGCUGGGGUGGAUCGCUGUCUUCUGGCUAACAGCCGUGGCCGAAGGCCUCCAGGUGACAGUGCCCGACAAGAGGAAGGUGGCCAUGCUCUUCCAGCCCGCGGUGCUUCGCUGCCACUUCUCCACCUCCUCCCAUCGGCCUGCCGUCGUGCAGUGGAAGUUCAAGUCCUACUGCCAGGAUCGCAUGGGGGAGUCCUUGGGCAUGUCCUCCCCUCGGGCCCAGUCACUCAGCAAGAGGAACCUGGAAUGGGACCCCUACUUGGACUGUUUAGACAGCAGGAGGACAGUCCGAGUGGUGGCUUCAAAACAGGGCUCCACUGUUACCCUGGGAGACUUCUACAGGGGCAGAGAGAUCACCAUUGUUCACGAUGCAGAUCUUCAAAUUGGAAAGCUCAUGUGGGGCGACAGUGGGCUCUAUUACUGUGUCAUCACCACCCCCGAUGACCUGGAGGGCAAGAACGAGGACUCGGUGGAGCUGCUGGUGUUGGGCAGGACAGGGCUGCUUGCUGAUCUCUUGCCCAGUUUUGCUGUGGAGAUUAUGCCAGAGUGGGUGUUUGUGGGCCUGGUGAUCCUGGGAGUCUUCCUCUUCUUCGUCCUGGUGGGGAUCUGCUGGUGCCAGUGCUGUCCCCAUAGCUGCUGCUGCUACGUCCGCUGCCCGUGCUGCCCAGACUCCUGCUGCUGCCCUCAGGCCUUGUAUGAAGCAGGGAAAGCGGCCAAGGCCGGGUACCCUCCCUCUGUCUCCGGUGUCCCUGGCCCUUUCUCCAUCCCCUCUGUCCCUUUGGGAGGAACCCCCUCAUCUGGCAUGCUGAUGGACAAGCCGCAUCCACCUCCCUUGGCACCCAGUGACUCCACAGGAGGAAGCCACAGUGUUCGCAAAGGUUACCGGAUCCAAGCCGACAAAGAGAGAGACUCCAUGAAGGUCCUGUACUAUGUGGAGAAGGAGCUGGCUCAGUUUGACCCAGCCAGAAGGAUGCGAGGCAGAUAUAACAACACCAUCUCAGAACUCAGCUCCCUGCAUGAAGAGGACAGCAGCUUCCGCCAGUCUUACCAUCAGAUGAGGAGCAAGCAAUUCCCCGUGUCUGGGGACCUGGAGAGCAAUCCUGACUACUGGUCGGGUGUCAUGGGAAGCAGCAGUGGGGCCAGCAGGGGACCCUCAGCCCUGGAGUAUAACAAAGAGGAUCGGGAGAGCUUCCGGCACAGCCAGCAGCGCUCCAAGUCCGAGAUGCUGUCGCGGAAGAACUUCGCCCCCGGGGUGCCCGCAGUCUCCAUGGACGAACUGGCGGCCUUCGCCGACUCCUACGGCCCGCGGCGCCACGCCGACGGCAAUGGCCUGGAGCCGCGGGCCGGCAGCCGCUUCGAGCGCGCGCGCACGGGCCUCCUCCAGGACGGGCCGCUGGAGGAGCUGUACGGGCGCGGCCGCAGCCGCGAGCCGCUGGACGCAGAGCGCGGCUGGCCGGAGGACGCGCCCCUGCCGCGCCUGGUGAGCCGCACGCCGGGCACCGCGCGCAAGUACGAGCACGCGUACCUGGGCGGCGCGUCCGAGCGGGCCGAGGGCGCUGGCCGCGGCGGCAGCCUGGAGACGCCCGCGCGGCGCGGCGCGCAGCUCGGCCCGCGCAGCGCCUCCUACUACGCCUGGUCGCCGCCCGCCCCCUUCGAGUCCCGGCCCGGCGACGCGGAGCUCGAGCCCGACGACACGCUGCCGCCCUACAGCGAGCGGGAGCUGAGCCGCGGCCCGUCCUGGCGCAGCCGCGACCUGCCGCACCACGGCGGCUCGGAGAAGCGCAGGAAGAAGGAGCCCGCCAAGAAAACGAGUGAGUUUCCAACCAGGAUGUCCCUUGUGGUCUGAUGUUUUCAAGAUGUCUUUGGAGGACCAGAAGUCAGACACAGACUACAGCGACAAGAUGCAAGCCAGCAGGCCAGGACCUUCUCUGGCCACCACCUUGGAAGAUCUACUCAUCUCUGCUUCGGCCGGGGACAGGAGGCAGCCUUUCAGGAGGCUGAUUCCAAACCUCAGUGCCCCUCUAGCUGGUUUGAGAAGCUCAUCAAGAAGACCACAUGUGCAACAGUGCACACCGAGUGUCUCCCCCAGUUUCUCCUGCCCAGUCUCCUUCCUGAGUGGAACCAGGACUUCACUUCCUAGUCAGAAAGAGUCAGCGCCCUGGACUGCUGGUCUCCAGAAACUGCCUGAGCCUACAGUAUGCUUUUCUGUACUCCCGUGCUAUGCCUGGCAACUGAAGAAUGUACUGCCAUUAGAAGGUCCGCUGGUGGGCAGAGAUAAUUUCAAGGCAAAAUAUCCCUUUUACCCCAAUGCUUCCCAGUCACUAGCCAGUGACUGUCACUACACUAGAACCAGAGAGCUUCUGGUGACCUCAGUGACAGUGACCUCCCAGACUAUCAUAGAAGUGGCUUCAAUUUGCUGUUCUGAAUCACAAUUCUCCAGUGACAUAACAGAGUAGUAUACCAUUUUGAAAACCUGUCUAAGUGGUAUUUCUUUUCUCAUUCUGAGGACAUAACACUGCUCUUUCUCAUUCUGCUGCACCUGUCAACAUCUGAGUCUUGCACCUUAUGGACUCUUCUUUUCCUCUCCUCUCCUGGACUUGCCAUAGGUUGGUGCCAUAUACAAAGCCCCACCUGUCUGCACUCUGAUUAAGUUGUCAUCAGGUGCCUUUGGUAUUGCUUAAAUUGCACACAUGGAUGAGAAGAGAGAGAAAACAAGAGGAGAAAUAAGUUAUGCACAAUGGAAAAGAAUGAGAAAGAAUUCGAGAGGAAAAGAAUGCCCAGUCUGAUUAUGUUUUGAAUGUGGGGCAUCAUCCCAUAAUUGCCACUCAGUCUUUCCUGGUUUUCAUUUACUGAGUUCUUUCUGCCACCCUGGUUCUGCCAUGGUUGGGGGUGAGCCCGCAGCUCUUGGCAUCACUGGGCUGCCGGCAAGGAUGCUUUGGCAGAUGACGGGUAUCGUCUUCUCGGAAAGGAGCCCUUCCUGUUCCUACUCUUGCCUAAAUCCCAAAGCAAGAACCUUUUGGAUUUUGUAAUUUGUAGAUUGCAAAAAUAGCCAAGAACUUUUCCCUUCUCACUGAGAAGUGGAAGUCUUUUUAUCCACCCCUGAAUUUGGAGUUGGCCAGGUGGUUUGAUCUGACCAUGGCCCAGUAGCAAAUGUAACCUAAGCAGAGACUUGAAAGGUUCUUGUGCAUUCAGUUUGUCCUCACUUGCUGCUCUUGGGAACCUUGCAGCCACCACCAGGAGAAGGAGCCUGGACUCUCCUGCUGCAUGAUGAGAGAAAAGGGCCUCGUUACCCUGUCCCCCUGUGUGACAGCUUGUCUGCCCUCUGCUGAUUGCAGAUGUGAGAGUCCAGCCAAAACCAUGGAAGAAUGGCCUAGCUGAGCAGGGCCAGCUGCUGAUCCCUUCUCAAGGCAGGAGAAGUUGGUGCACCCUCUGUGUUCAUUUUUCUUCAAAGACAAAACUGACUCUUCUCAUUGGCAUGUUCUGCCCUGAUUCUAUUCCUCCAUCCACUUUAGGUGUCUCUCAGCCUCCACUUCCUUUUUAUCACAGCCUUUCACCCUGUGCUGUUGUGAUGGAACAUGUGGCUGGGUUGAGUCACCAGAGGAGGCUCGUCCUGGUCGUCUCCAAACCCAGCAGUGGUCCAUUCCCUGUCCGUGGGUCCAUGGACAGCCUCUGAAGAAGCUUGCUCAGCACCUCCUUGGUCUUCUCCAGAGCCACCUGCCAAGACCACAGAGUGCCAUUCUAGUUUCUGUUCUUCAUGACAUUUUCAAAAGGUCCUUCAUGUACAGUGUUACAAAGAAGCAGCUGGGGAGGAUCAGAGGGAUGAGCUGGAUCACUGCACAGAGGAGAACUGGCCUACCAAAGGACUUCAGGUCUCUCUGGCCUGCCCCAGAGGAACCAUGAGGACAGUUCAGCCCAGUUCUGGCCCUUCCAAGGGCUGGAAGACACAAGCCAUAACCCUGGUGCUGAGUUUCAGACUUGACAAUGUCCCUGGCCUCGGAAAGCCUAGGUCUGGUCUAUCUGGGCCCCAGUUCAGAUGGAAAAUGCUGCCAGCCCUGGAUCUCCCUUGCUCAGGCCAUUCUGCUGAGCACUGGACAGCUGACCACAGUGGCCAUUACGGCUUUAUAACUGAGCACUGUGCUAGGCUUCUCACCACCAAAGAGCCCCACAGCACCAGCUGCAGAGACCCAAUGUGUUGCUUUGUAAAGCCAGGGACAUGUGAGAUUUUGGUGACAGUUGAGAAGAGCAGUGGGAAAGAGUUAUUAAAAUUGGAUGCCUACAAUUUCAAAGACCACAAAACUAAAGACAGGAAAUAAAAAAUGCAAAGGUAGAGGGCUGUGGAAAGAACCUAGCAGGUGGUGGAAUUGCUGGAGUCACACAGGGGCCAGCUUGUUCUCUGUGGGGCUGCAGGAGUCACCCAUCAGACAGAAGGCGGCCGUCUCUGGGUGUGUAACAAGGUGUAAGGUGAAUAAACAAGGCAAAGCCAGCUCUUCUCAAUGCCAGGCUCUUUUCUCACCUCCUUUCUUCAUUCCCCCUGAAGACUGCGUCCUGCAUAGGAAGGGCCUGGAUGCUAGCAUCCUCCCUAGGUUUUAUUGGGGCUUAAGUCCUGUGUAAGACGUGGUCUCCGUCCACUGGGGCCAUGCAGUUUAAUAAGGGAAAUGAGAUGGGCCCGAGAAAGAAUUGGAGUUCGUGCACAGGAUAGGAAAUAGUGCUACGGAUAAAUUACAUUAAACCCAGAGAUUUAAAAGUUUCUUUAAAUGGGAAUAUUUUGAUAUUUAAGUGUUGUGUGUGUUUGUCCAUCAUCCCAUUAAAAGACAUGCUCAAUCAA